AUGCAGUUCACACUCUCCGUCUUUGUUAUCUCAGCGCUGGCACUCGAGACUCUCGGGGGGACGUGGACCAUCGGCGACACGUACGUUGGACAAGACUUUCUGAACUCCUGGUCGUUCGAAGCCGAAGCCGACCCUACGGGAGGCAGAGUAACCUAUGUCGACCAGACCACAGCGCUGAACGACAACUUGACCUAUGUAUCAUCUGAUACGCUGAUCAUGCGCGUCGACGAUACUACGGUGCUGUCGAGCAGUGACGGUGGGAGGAACAGCGUGCGCAUCAAGAGCAACACUGCGUACGACUACCACGUUGUCGUCAUCGAUGUGCGGCAUAUGCCCGAGGGUUGUGCUACCUGGCCGGCAUUCUGGGAAACGAACGACGGCAACUGGCCCGCAGGUGGUGAAGUCGACAUCGUGAGUGUGACUCCGAGUAUGAUCGAAGGUGUCAACUCCGUCUCUCCGAACUUGGUAUCUUUGCACGUAGGCAGCACCUGCUCGAUGCCCUCGUCUCGGGACGAGAGCGGAACGCCCCAGUCUAACGACUGCGAUGUGAACACCGACGGAAACUCCGGAUGCGGCGUUCAGAACCCCACGACGAACAGCUUCGGUCCGGACUUCAACUCUGCUGGCGGAGGCUGGUAUACCAUGGAGCGCACGUCAUCGGAGGUCAAGGUCUGGUUCUGGUCCCGUACCGACGGCAGCGUUCCCUCGGACGUUUCUAGCGGGGCCAGCACAGUGAACACUGAUAACUGGGGCACGCCUGCUGCGUAUUUCCCGAACACAAGCUGCGACCUCUCCUCAGUCUUCAGCUCCAACAACAUCAUUUUCGACAUCACGCUCUGCGGAGAUUGGGCUGGUCAGAGCUCCGUCUACAGCAGCGCUGGCUGCUCGGGCACCUGCGUCGACUACGUCAACGCGAACCCGGGGGGCUUUUCCAACGCAUACUGGGACGUGGCUUCAGUCCACGUCUACACCACAGAGACGAGCUCUUCGUGA